UCUAUAGAGUGAAAACUGGCCUGUAGAGGAGAGGCCCUGAAGAAUGUUGCUUUGGUAUAAAAUGAUCAUCAUCGGAGCGCAAUAUGCGAUUCCAAACCCCUGUCAAAAAUUCCUAGCACACCAAAGACAUAAUGUUGUAUUGAAAAGAGCAAGUCAAAACUGUGAGUAAAUGAUUGAAAAUAUAUAACGUCAAUGUCAAAGAAAAACAGUAUUUGACAGCUUGUCUGCACCAUGUGAAAACGCCUUCACAAUAAACAAUGUAAAGUAAACACUAUACAUGUGAGGAAUAACCGAAAACUGGACCUGGUACAUUUACACAAAUGGAGAAACCUCAAUUAUCUCUGUUUCAGGAAACAUGUCAACCAGAAACCCCUUUGAACUACUCCAGGACGAAUUUGAAUAUCUGAAAUCCAAAUUACAACUGAAUGGUACAAAACUCAUAGACCAUCUUUUCGCGAAGAAAGUACUCACACCAGCGCAGAUGGAGGAAAUGAACGUUAUUUCAGGAAACAGUAAGAAAAUAGAAAAACUUGUUUUGUUGUUGACGAGAAGGCCGGCUGGAGACUUUGAUUAUUUCAUGGAAGGACUCGAGGAGGAUCAAAAUCAUAUUAAGGAACAUCUUCAGACCUGCAUCAUGAAGAAAAGUGCUAAUACUGGAGUGGAAAUGGAGGAUGACCAUGAAGAUAUGGAUGGAAACACAGGUGAAGAUAGACGGAUAAACCUUAAAGACGUUAAGACGGCUGAAAAAACAUCCAAUCUUGCAGUGUCUGUAACAGUAGUACACAGGGACAAAAUCGAAAUGCGAAAUGGCAAGGAGCAGUUUAUGGCUGAGGUUGCUGACAAGACAUCUGCCGUCGACAUCUGUGUCACAAACAGAAACCUGUUUGACAAAAUCAAGGUUAAAUCUAGCCUGUUCUUGGAAAACGUUAGCUGGAGCGGAAAUGUGAUAUUUCUAAAUGAGAAAUCAAAAGCCACAAGCAUUGCAAAAAUCGAAGUUGAUCCUUCCUUAGUUGAGGAAGCCUUUGGAAGAGGAGAUGUUGUUUCCAUCCAGGAAGCCCUUGCCCUUAAGCCCAAGUUAUGGGUUGCACUAAAAGGAAAGAUCGUGAAGCAAUCGGUCAUCACUGAAAAAAACGCAUAUGAAAGGAAGUUACUGAGGCACCGUCAAAUCAAACUGGCAGACCGGUCAGGUUCCAUGUAUGUUGACGUCUGGGAAGAUGAAGCGCUCAACCUUAAAAGUGGUGACGUCAUCCACAUGACAGGAUGCAAAAGGAAGAAAUCUGAAUCCGUCGAUGUAUCCUCGGUGACAACCACCAGGAAGACAAUUGUGAAGAAACUCGAACAACAGAAUUCGACAUCUCUAUCGCCGGUUUGCAAGAGGGCACACUUGAUGAAAUUGAGGUUGAAAUCUACGAGUCUUGCCCCAAACCAGGAUGUUAUCAUUUUAAGCUUGACGACAACAACUCCUGUGAAUCGUGUGGAUCUCCUGUCGUAGACCCAGAUUGUUAUGCAACUGCUCGCGUCAUCGUCACCACAACAAAGAACAAAGUUCGAAGAUUGACAUGUUCUGGCCACAGCUGUGUGAACUAUAUAGCUUGUUUGACAAACAAAUAUCAUUGCAGAGUGGUAAGCUUACAAUUGAGGGUCUGUUUCGGCACCUGCGUGACAAAACUGUCAAGUAUCAAACCUGUACUAGCGUAACAGAAUUCAGGCUUUAAGCUUUCAAUGAAAUGGGUUUCAUCCUGUAUCAAACCGAACACAUAUUUUACCAUACAUUUGGGACUUGCUUUGUUUGCUGUUUAGUGUAUUCAGGUGGUAGUGUAGAUUUGCGGUGAAGAUAAUAAUUUAAAGCAAAAUAAUGUAUUUUGUUGCCAAAUAUAGUAAUAGGGUGUGAAUUGCCUAUCGACAGUUUUUACAAGUGGAUUAAGUGUUGAUGACUAGUUGGAAGCUGGAGGUUUUAUACAGUGGCUUGUUGAACAAACACUAUUAUACAGUGGCUUCAUUUUGAGCAAACGCUAUUAUAUAUGGACUCAUUGAGCACAUAAUUAUAUAAGGGCUUCUCUUUGAGCACAUACUAUUACAUAGGGUUCGUUGAGCACACACGAUUAUGUAGGAAUUGUUGCUCACACAUUAGUAUACGGGGACUCGUUGAGGACACACUGUGUGCCUGUGCACUGACGACAUUGUAAGCCCAUCUUUGGGAUGAUAUUUACCUCGCAUACGUAUCAUACCUGUUUGUGAUGGCCUAUCUCCAUGUUGACUUACGUCUAACCUACUUGACUGCAAAUCGUUUUUUCCAUGAUGACGUUUUGUACUGCUUCAUAACCAAGUGAUAUAACAAAUGCUAACCAUAAUGUUCAGAUUUGUCAAUUCACAUAAACAUUAAUUGUAUUAUGUUCAGUAAAUCGAAUGUCAAGUGUUGAUAAUCAUUUCAGAAAGUGAAUUCUGUACUACACAAAAUAUCACCAGAGAUGAUUAAUGUCUCCGCCGUGAUAAUGCUAAAAGCGGCGUAAGACUCACUCACUCACUCACAUGAUGUAUGUGCUUGUUUUUGUUGCAAUAAAACGUACGGCACUUAUACUUUGUUACAUUGGCCUCUUGAGAGGCAUAUAGACGUUGGUAUUCAAGUAUAAGACACCAUAUUGUGGAUGUCAACUUCUUCUGUGUUGUAUACACAACGUGUCUGGGCUUUUCCUUGUUCCUGCGUCAGGUCCAUCAUUCACCUGUUACAUUAUUCCUCGCGUUUUGAUGAAGUAUAUGCUUUGGUGAAGAUACAUGCCUCCCUUCAUGGGCCUCUUCUGCAAAGAAACUGGACUGACUUGGAUGGAAUGAAUUUAAACAUUCUUGUAUUAUCUACUGUUUAUUUUGCAUAAACAAUGUUACUACUGUUCACUGGUUCUUGGUUCUAUAUAUGCUUUUGAAAAUGUUUAUCUAAUGUAAUUACAUUAUUCACGAAUAUCAAAAUAAUAAUAAUAAUAUAUAUAUACCCACAGAAUGUAUAUUUGACAAUGAUGGUUCAGUAUCACAAAAUUAGGUUGUAACUAUAUUUUUGUAACAUGACGGAAUAAAAUAAAGAUCACCUGUAUG